CGAUAUUCUUUUGACUGAGCACAGCCGGCUAAAGCCGUCUUUACAGUUAUGUACAAUAUAUAUAUAUAGAUAUAUAUAUACGCACAGAUUAUAUAUACCGACAUAUAAAAUCUGUGUUAGUGUUAUACGCGUUGAACAGUCAAUUAACCAAGCCAAAAAAUAUCCGUACUUUCCUGGUAAUGAGGCCUGGCUUUCUUUGAAUCUCUCUCUUCCUCAAUUUCAAUCUGUAGAGCUUUCAAGCAAAAUGGGUUGCAUUUCUUCUAAGGAUAGUAUCAAAGAUACCCCAAAAGAGAGGAUUUCACGUAAAGGGUCAUUAGAUAGGCGUGUUGCUCAUGUUAAUUCAUCAAGAAGAGAAGAAGGGGUCCGAUCAAACUCUAAAUCAGACAGUGGAGAUGUGAAGGUUAUGCUAAUUGAUAAGAAAACUUAUGGUUCAAAUAGGUUGUAUGAUGAUCAGAUUGUCAAAAAGCAAAUAGAGGUUCAGAUCGAGGAAAAAAAAGCAGAAAAUUUUGAAGUUGCUGUUAAAAGUCGUACUCAGAUUGAAAAAAAGAAGGCAGAAAAGUUUGAUAUUCCGGUUUCUAAUCAUCCGGGUUGGGGAAGGGUGCCAAAAGGUUUGGAAGCAGAGCAGGUUGCAGCAGGAUGGCCAUCUUGGCUUGCCUCAGCAGCAGGAGAAGCUAUCAAGGGAUGGGUGCCAAGGCGUGCUAAUACAUUUGAGAAGUUAGAUAGAAUUGGUCAAGGAACUUACAGUAAUGUUUACAAGGCCCGUGAUGUCACUUAUGAUAAAAUUGUUGCUAUUAAAAAGGUUCAAUUUGAUAAUACUGAUCCAGAAAGUGUUAAAUUUAUGGCCCGAGAAAUUCAAAUUUUGCGAAGGCUGGAUCAUCCCAAUAUAAUUAAAUUGGAAGGCUUGAUAACAUCUCAGACUUCUUCCAGUUUAUACCUUGUCUUUGAGUACAUGGAACAUGAUCUUACUGGGCUUGUCUCACUUCCUGGGAACAAGUUCACAGAACCACAGAUCAAAUGCUACAUGCUGCAACUUUUAAGUGGACUCGACCAUUGCCAUAGUCAUGGUGUUCUGCAUCGUGACAUAAAGGGUUCUAAUCUUCUUAUUGAUAACAAUGGCAUCUUGAAAAUUGCGGAUUUUGGCUUAGCAAAUUUCUUUGAUCCUCAAAGUAGUGCUCAAUUGACAAGCCGUGUGGUGACCCUAUGGUAUAGAGCUCCAGAACUUUUACUUGGAUCCAACCGCUAUGGAGUUGCUGUAGAUUUGUGGAGUACUGGUUGCAUACUUGGGGAACUUUACACUGGCAAACCUAUUUUGCCUGGAAGAACUGAGGUUGAACAAUUGCAUAAAAUUUUUAAGCUCUGUGGUUCACCUGCUGAUGAUUAUUGGAGAAAAUUAAAGUUACCUCAUUCAUCUGUAAUCAAGCCUCAAAGGCCAUAUAGACGAUGUGUUGCAGAAACAUUUAAAGACAUACCUUCUCCUGCUGUUGGGCUUAUGGAAGCUUUGCUUUCUAUGGAUCCAGCCAAUCGUGGAACUGCAGCUUUUGCUCUCAGGGACAAGUUCUUCAGAUCAAAACCAUUUGCUUGUGAUCCUUCAAGUUUGCCCAAAUAUCCUCCCAGCAAAGAGAUUGAUGCUAAAAUUCGGGAUGAAGAAGCUAGAAGGCAAGGAGCAAUUAGGAGCAAUAGGAAUGGCCCACAAGAAUCUGCGGCUUUUCUAGCAUCUCAUGCCUAUCCCAAGUUAGCAACUAUUAUGCAGGAAAAGCGUAUUUCGAACGAAAAUAGAAGACCUGAGAUGUUCAAUUCUCGGAAGGAGCAAAAUGUUUCUGGCUUUCUGGUUGAUACGUCUAAACAAACUCAAGGUGCUAAAGAAGGGAGAAGGGAUUUCUUGGAGCAUCAGCGUAAGAAAGUUUCAUAUUCAGGGCCAUUGGUACAUGGGACAGGCUGGACAAAGGAUGGUGCAAAGGAUCUUGAUAAUCCUCAUGGAGUGUCAACUAGAACCAACCUGUCAACAAUAUCUGGUUUAGUAGCAACUAGAACUUCAUUACCCGAUGAUCGCCAAGGAAAACCUAGUACUUCACAGCCAGAAAUAGCAAAACAAGUAAGCGGGUAUCAGGAAUCAUUAAAUCGAUUGGAGGCUACGACAAAGCAAUGUCAAAAACACUAUGUGCGUAAGCCUGCAGAUUCUCCUCAGGCAAAUGGUGGAAAAUCCGGAGAAGCAAAUCUGCAUGGUCGCGGACCAAGGGGAAGCAAGAUUUAUUUUUCUGGUCCAUUACUGGUUCCAUCAAACAAUGUAGACCAAAUGCUCAAAGAACAUGAUCAAAAGAUUCAAGAAUUUGCUCGAAGGCGAUUGGACAAGACGAAAAAUGGAAAAAAAGCAACAGAGAGCAAUACAUAUGUAUCUAAGCACGCAGGUGGAUAAAUCAGUCCAAGGUGAAGGAUCGGGAUGUAGCUAAUCACUCACAGUUCAAUGUAUAGAGGGUGCUUUUUAUUUUUAAUUUAAAUAAUUAUUUUGUAACUAGUAUCCAUAGGUAGUCCAUGCAAGAGAUAAGGUAUAUUUCUCUUAAAUUUCUACGUGAAAAUAGAAGAACUAAAACGAAGAUUAUGAAACCAAAUCUUCUUUUUUAUUUUUUUCUUUGGAGCAGUGUUAUAUAAACAUUUUAAGUCAACAAAUUCAAUUCAACUUAUUGGACAGUUAGCAAUUACAGUAUUGAAGAGGAACACUUCAGGGUUCAA